ACCUCAUGUCAGCUGAACCCCCACACAGCCCCGUCCUGGACUGCUGGCCAUCCUCCGCGCCAUGAAUCGUGAAAUAUAUAUAUAUAUAAGCCUUGGACGCUCCUACCGUAAGCUUGCCAUCCUCGUUAUCGUGACUUGUUUUGACGCUUGAUUUGUUAAUUGUCUCCAAGCUUUGGCUGUCUCACUUCCACCUGCCAUUACCUCCCUACACAUUCCACUAUCGCCACUUCCGCUAUAAAUAAUGUCACCUCACCAUGACGCUCCCUCUCCAACUGGAAGCUUCACUUCACCCUCACCUGCUGUCCAAGCCAUCUACAAUAUGUCUCGAUACAACGACUCCUUCGAAUCCGGCUCCGUCGAUUCCAUGGGCAUCCGUAGAGUCUUGACUCCCGGUGUCUACGUGCCCACUCCAGCUUUCUUCGAUCCCAUCACGGAUCAGUUGGACCUGGAGACCACGGCUAGCCAUGCUGUGCGGUUGGCCAAAGCUGGUGUCGCCGGCAUUACCACUCAGGGUAGCAACGGGGAAGCUGUCCAUCUGUCACACCGAGAACGAGAUCUCGUGACAAAGGCCACACGCAAGGCGCUUGAUGACGCCGGAUUCAGCGACAUGCCUGUCAUCGUCGGCUGUGGCGCGCAAUCGACCAGAGAAGUCAUCGAAUUGUGCCACGAAGCAUCCCAGGCUGGUGGAGAUUACGCGUUGGUAUUGCCACCUUCAUACUACCAAGGCCUCUUUGCCAAAGACACUGUCACCACUUUUUUCAAGGAUGUUGCAGAUGCAUCACCAAUCCCAAUAAUCAUCUAUAACUAUCCCGGUGCUGUCUCUGGCAUGGACCUCAACUCCGACAUCAUUAUCGAGCUUGCUCAGCAUGACAACAUCACGGGCGUCAAGCUGACGUGCGGUAACACCGGAAAGCUGAACAGGGUCGCCGCCGCGACCCGCGCUGCUACUGUUGCAGAGCCAGGAUCAGGCUUCAUGUGUAUGGGCGGGUCUGCUGAUUUCACUCUCCAGACACUCAUUGGCGGGGGUUCUGGCAUUAUCGCAGGUCUCGCCAACAUCGCACCGAAAGCUUGCAUCAAGCUUGGUGAGCUGUUUGAAGCAGGCAAACUCAAGGAGGCCCGCAAGAUGCAGGCAGUGGUUGCUCGAGGUGAUUGGGUUGCUAUUCAAGGCGGUGUUAUUGGGACCAAAGCUGCUCUGAUGUCGCACUUCAACUACGGCGGCCAUGGACGGAAGCCGCUACCUCGCCCAUCAAAGGAAGAAAGUCGCAAGUGGCACGAAGCUUUCGACGAGCUGGUUAAGCUCGAGAAGUCUCUGUGAUUUGACGAUCAAUGCUCCGGGACGAAAUGGGAUAAUGAAGGAGUGUCAUGUCUAGUCCGAAAUUGGUGUUACUGGGUAUGAGCAUCAGAAGGCGUUACGCGAGACGUCGGUGAGGAUGCAUUCAAAACGGCGUUCUGUUGGGGAUAGCGAAUCUUGUUGUCAAGGGCAGGAA